UUCCGUUUCCGCCAUGCUGUAGCGGGACCGCUAUCAGGUGUGUGUGUGUGUACCUUAGUCCCCACAUAGAGUAGUCGCCCACUGUCCGUCCAUGUCGCCCUAUAGCGACCAGGUUAUAUUUUUCCUUCACCCUAGAUAACCUACUAGUCCCUGGAUGUCGUACAAACGUCGGAAGAACUUCAACGACAUCUGUGUCCGCCGGCCGCCCGUGGCGAGGAGACCCCUGGGCCAGAAACCGCGCGCAAACGCCCCGUUCUGGGAGAGACAGGACUACAACACCAUCAAGGCGGAAUGUCUGCGGAAAGGAGAACUUUGGGUCGAUCCAGAGUUCCCCCCUGUUGCCAGCUCACUCUUUCCGUCUCACGCGGGCAAAUUGCCUAGAAAUAUCGUCUGGAAGAGACCAUGGGAAAUCACAGACAAUCCAGAGCUGUUUGUGGGUGGGGCCAGCAGGUUUGACAUCUGUCAGGGAGAGUUGGGUGACUGCUGGUUCCUGGCUGCCAUCGCCUGUCUGUCUAUGAACGAGUCCCUGCUGUUUGGAGUUGUGCCUCCGGAUCAGUCUUUCGACAAGGGUGACUAUGUUGGCUGCUUCAGGUUCAACUUCUGGCACUAUGGGACGUGGACAGAAGUGGUGGUGGAUGACCAGCUCCCCACCUUCAACAACAGGCUCACCUUCGUGCACUCUGCUGAGGAGAACGAGUACUGGAGCGCUCUGCUGGAGAAGGCUUACGCUAAACUGUAUGGCUCGUAUGAAGCCCUGAAGGGCGGCAGUGUGACGGAGGCGAUGGAAGACUUCACCGGCGGAGUGACGGAGGGGAUGGACCUGCGCAACGCCCCCAAGGACCUGCUGAAGAUCGUGGAGAAGGCCAUGAUGAGGAACUCUCUCAUGGGCUGCUCUGUGGAGGCAGAUCCAAAUGCCAUUGAUUCCAAGAUGGACAACGGACUUGUCAUGGGCCAUGCCUACAGCAUCACAGGCUUGCAGAAGGUGAAUGUACAAGGUCAAGAAAUCAACCUGAUCCGUGUGCGGAACCCGUGGGGAUCUGUGGAGUGGAUGGGAGACUGGAGCGACGAGUCUCCAAAGUGGGACCUGCUGUCCAGUGAACAGAAGGCAAAACUCAACACAGACGACGACGGAGAUCUGAACUUUGGGGAUGAUGGAGAGUUCUGGAUGGACUUUGAAGACUGGCGCACCAACUUCACGCGGCUGGAGAUCUGUAACCUGCCCCCGGACGCCAUGCAGGAGGACGACCCGAAGAAGAAGAAGAUGAAGUGGGUGACGUCGCUGCAGGAAGGGAAGUGGCAGAAGGGAGCCACGGCUGGGGGGUGCAGGAACUUCCCAGACACCUUCUGGAUCAACCCCCAGUACCGGAUCAGCCUGGACGCUGCCGACGACCCUGACCCUGAUGACGACGAGGUCGCCUGUAGUGUCAUCAUCGCUCUGAUGCAGAGGAGCAAACGGGCGGAGAAGGUCAUGGGGACAGGCAUGCUCACCAUCGGCUUCGCUAUCUAUGAGCUCGAGGACCCGGACUGUGAAACCCUGAAGAAGGAGUACUUCAUGUACCACAAGUCUGUCGCACGUUCUCCCUCAUUCAUCAACACCAGGGAAAUCUGUGGAAGGUACAAACUGCCCCCCGCAGAGUAUGUCAUCAUCCCCUCUACAUUUGAGCCCGGCGAGGAGUCGGAGUUCAUGCUGAGGAUCUACACUGAGAAGAGUGUGGAGACCAAGGAGAUAGAUGAUGAAACACAAGUGGUUACCAUUCCUCAGGUGAUUGACGAUGCCCUGCCCAAAGAGAAUCUCCCUGUGGUGUUGAAGCCCAAAACCCCCAAGCAGCUGGAGAAGGAGGAGAAAGAGAAGGCUGCCUUCACCAAGUUCUUUGAGAGCAUCGCUGGGGAAGAUAUGGAGAUAGAUGCUUUUGAACUGAAGAAAAUGAUGGACCAGGCAUUGAAAAAAGAGCUGUCCUAUUUUGAAUUCAACGGGUUCAACGUGGAGCUGUGCCGUUCCAUGGUGGCCCUUAUGGAUGACGACAAGUCAGGAAUGCUCGGACUCGAUGAGUUCUUUGACUUGUGGUCAGACAUCAAGCUGUGGACAGGUGUGUUCAAGAUGUUUGAUGCUGAUAAGUCUGGAGACUUUGACACAUAUGAACUCCGCCUAGCUCUGGAGCAUGUGGGUUUCAAGCUGAAGAACACCAUAUUCCAGCAGAUCGUGCUGCGUUACCAGGCUGACGACCAGACCAUCUCCUUCCCAGACUUCAUCGCACUCACCAUUCGCCUCAAGGCCAUGUUCAAGGCCUUCGCAUCAUUCAUGGAUGGCAACAAGGCCAGUCUAGGACUGGAGGAUUGGUUGACAGUUACCAUGUACUGCUGAGGAGAAUGACAUGUGGAUGUGAUGUUAACCAUCCAUUAACACAUGAAGAGCGGAAUAGUGGAAUCAAUUGAAAAACCCUUACCCAAUACAGCCACAGUAAUAUACACAUGUAUAGUACAGUACUUAAAGGGUCGGUGUUGUAACAGUGGUAGUGUUAAGCUGAAGGUGCCGCAUUAUUCUUUCCCAGUGUGUGUUAGAUAACUUCAACAGUACUUUGGAUACUCCCUGGGUCGUUCAUUCAAAUAUUUUAGGUAAUUUUCAGCAUUUGUUUUUCUUUAUGCAGAAGGCAGAGGACCAAACCAAGUGCUAGUAAGUUGAAGUAGCGAUUUGGUAUAGCUGGACUAGCAGUAUGGACGGACAUUUUAGCAGUUGUUGGGAAUUAUUUGGUUACUAGGAAUAGUCAUGAAUUACUGUUUGUAAUCAGAAACUAUUUUGGUAUAUAUUAGUAGCAAAUUGGUGUGUGUUUUUGACUGCAAUUAUUUAUAUUUAACAGAGUUUUAUAGUCCUUAAAACUUCUUUACAUUCCAGAUAGCUGAAUGAAUGUAAAUUUUGAUAAAGAGUUACUUGAUGUUAUGUUGAUUUUAAUUACUCUUUUCAGGCAAAGGGGUUUGCAGUUCUUUUUCUUAUUCUUGCUGUGCAAUUUUUAGUAUGUGUCAGAUUUGGAAAUGAACAUAUAUAUGCAAGAUUAAAUUAUGCUAAUGAUGUUAUCAUUUAAAAGAUAUAUGGUGAAUAAGAAGUGAAUGAUAAUUAACUAAUCCAUGGUGAUUUGUGGAAAAUGUAAUUCUAUUGAUGGAGAUUUUUAAGGAUUUGUAUUGCAAUGAAGUAGGAAUUGUGCUUCCAACUGUAUUCUAACCAUGACAGAGUUGUGCAACAGUCUCUUUCUACUGUUCUAACUACAUGUAUAUGGCUUCAUGAAAAUGGGGAGUUUCUACACUUUUUCCUACAGAGGAGGCAUAACACAGAAUGGCAGAAGAUAUGCUGUACUCCUGGCGAAAUAUUUUCUAAAUGUGUGUGCUUUUCACUAAUCAAUAGAAGCAAGCAUUGUUAUAAACGAUGUCAUUCAGGCCACAUAUCUGUAGCUUUUUAGCUGGGUACCAUACCACAGAAAAGAUUCAACAGAAAUAUGGAUGAAGUGUGACUAUUUUGACCAAUACAAGACUUUAGACAGUACAGAGAUGCAACCUUUUAUACAUAUCAGUUACAUUCACUUUGGCCAAAUACUGGUUCCAUAAUGGCAAUAACAAUGACAAAGCACUCAAGAGAGUAUAUUAUGAUGCAGUAUUUGCUUCUCUUGAAAUUACGUAUACAAAGGUUGGCUUUUUUGUCAACACUUUGUCUAUAAGUCCACCCACAUCAUUUGUAGCAGUAGUCAAUUCUAGCUUUGGCAUACAAGAUUUAUUGGUACAGUGAUGCAGUAGUCCAACUAUGGGACAAAAAUCCAGGGGCCAUGUGCAGUGAUACCAAUGCUGUCUGUGAACUCUCUACCUCAGUUUGGGAAAAUCAACAUCUAUCUUCCAGUCCAUGUUGAAGUUUUCUUUCAGUUCCAAUCAAAAAUCCAGUUUAACUGGCCCAACUACCAUGAUGAUAGAGUACAUGGAAUACCGGUUCUGUGCAGUAGUGAAUGUACAUACAGAGUCAGAGAACACUUCUAUGAACACCUACUGGUGUAUGCCAAUAUUAAGUAUUUUAGGAAACAGGAACCCAUGGUCUGGCAGGAAAGUUUUGGUUAGUCUGUAAGUUACUGGCAUUUUCUUUAUUUUCAUGUAUGAAUCACCACAUAUGGUGUUUUUAAUUGAUUAAGCUAGUGCUAUGCUAGUGGUGGAAUGCAAAGUGGUGGAAUUUACUUCAUACAUUGGAACAGAUGGUGACGAUAUUAUCAUGAUUCAAUAAAAGAGGUGUCUGUCGGUA